CAUUACCAUGAGGCCCAUCAUAGCAAGAUUUUCAACAUGAUGUUAGGACGACAAUGAUGAAACUGGAGAAUGCCCAAAUUCCAUAGAUAUUGCAGUGGCCAGACUGCAGAAAAGAACCCUUUUUUCUUCUCACUGAGAAACAAAAAGAGCUAAAGAGGUCAUUGGUAUUCCUGAAAUGUGGUGGGGCUACAGAAAAUCUGUUAUCCCAAGUGGCUCUCUCUCUCUCUAUUACCAAUCUCUAUAUUAAGAGAGCAUUUUCAUACCAAAUGAAUUCAAAUUAAGAGCCAUCUCCUGCAUCAAGUUGAGAAGAUCGAUAUGGCAAAUACAGUUCCUCUCGUUGCUCUCAGAGUACUAAUGAUCUUGAUUUGUGCUGGUUGGGUUUCUGUUUGGAUUCUUAAGCCUACGCAACUAUGGACAAGAAAAUGGAAGGGAGCUGAAGGAAGUGCAACGACUACAGUGUUCGGCUACAAUGGGCUUGAUUUUGCAGUCUAUACGUUUCCUGUUAUCGCGCUGGCUAUGGUUGGAUUCGUUUACAUGGAACUGAAACCUAGGGAACCAAGAAGCAGACAAGGGCGAAGAUCAACCACAUCUCUAUCCAAGCCAGUGAUUGUUAAUAGUUAUAUCGGUAUCUUGUCCUGGAAUGAGAUUCUUGCUGUGUCCCUCUUCAUCCUCUUUCUAGCGUGGGCUUUCUAUGCCCGUGUCUCUAAUGAUUAUAAGAAGGUGGUAAAAGCCAAUCCAUUGAAAUUGAACAUGUGGCAGUACAAAUUUAUGAAAGUGGCGGUUCGGCUUGGUUCUACAUCAGAAGCCUGCCUAGCUCUGCUUCUUCUCCCUAUCUUAAGAGGGAUGUCUAUAUUUCGGAUAAUUGGCAUUCAGUUUGAAGCUUCAGUAAGAUACCAUGUCUGGCUCGGCACUGCAAUGAUACUUUUUGCCACUUUGCAUGGUGUUGGCACCUUGUUCAUAUGGGGCAUCAAAAACCAUAUUCAGGAUGAGAUCUGGAAAUGGCAAAAAACAGGCAGGAUAUACCUUGCCGGUGAGUUGAGUCUUGUCACGGGGCUCGUAAUUUGGAUCACAUCACUUCCACAGAUAAGACGGAAAAAGUUUGAAAUAUUUUACUACACUCAUCAUCUGUACAUUGUCUUCUUAGUAUUAUUCUUGUUUCAUGCCGGAGAUCGCCACUUCUACAUGGUUUUCCCUGGAAUUUUUCUCUUUGGCCUUGAUAAGCUACUCAGGAUCGUACAAUCAAGACCAGAAACUUGCAUACUCUCUGCACGAGUCUUCCCCUGUAAAGUUAUAGAACUCACUGUUCCCAAAGACCCAAGAUUGAAGUAUACCCCAACAAGUGUGAUAUUCGUGAAGAUACCGAGUAUAUCAAAGUUUCAGUGGCAUCCCUUCAGUAUAGCUUCUAGCUCUAGCGUUGAUGACCAAACCAUGUCGGUUCUUAUCAAGUGUGAAGGAUGGUGGACAAAUGCUCUCUACGACAUAAUUCAAACUGAGCUAGACUCUGAUGCAGGCCAGAUGAAGUGUAUCCCAAUAGCAAUUGAAGGCCCCUAUGGACCUGCCUCGGUGGACUUCCUAAGAUGUGACAGUCUACUUAUGAUUGCGGGAGGGAUUGGGAUAACACCAUUUUUGAGCAUUUUGAACGAAAUUGACUCUGCUCAAAGCAGUGGCAGAAAGAGCAUCGCUGCAAAAGUACAACUUAUAUAUGUUGUGAAGUCCUCCCAAGAUAUAUGUCUAUUAAAACCAAUUUUGCCACUACUCAUGAACCAGACUGCUGAACAAUUGCACUUGAAAAUAAAAAUAUAUGUGACCCAAGAAGCGCGUUCUGGUGCAACAGUAAGGGAACUACUGAAUGAGUUUUCUCAAGUGGAAACAGUAAGCUUUGACACGAAAUACUCGAAUUAUGCAACACAUGGACUCGAGAGUUUGCUUUUGAUGGCUGCCAUUACUGGAUUUUCAUCCAUUAUGUUCCUGAUUUUUCUUGGUUGUUUCAACCAUGCCUUUGUGCCUCUUGGUAAGGCUGCCUCUAAAGAGAAGUAUUCAUCUUCGGAAAUUGAUCUCCUUCUUGGCUGGUCUUUUGCUAUGGCAAUCAUAUGUGGCGCCUUUUUGGCUAUUUUUUUGAGAUGGACAAAGGUGAGGAAAAAUAUUCCACCCAUCUCCGAAAAACAAGGCAAAGGAACGGUGAAACCAAGUUCAAUGGAAACGAGUAGAGCUCUUGAUGAGCACGAAGUCCAUUUCGGAGGAAGGCCUAACUUGCAAGAUAUAUUUUACAAGUUCCCAAACGAAACUGGUAGAUCCGAUAUAGGCGUCUUGGUGUGUGGACCUGAAACAAUGAAAGAGUCGGUAGCUUCAUUGUGCCGCCUGAGUUCUCAAGAUUUCAAGAUAUGUGCUCAGAAAGAGAAGCCAUGCUUCAGUUUCCACUCCUUAACUUUCUCACUCUAGUGCCAUCAUCAAUUCAAGUAUCGGAGAUGUGUAGCAAAAUUCUGUACAAAUGUAAGCAUACUUCCUCCCCAGAUCAUCAUCUAGAGGUUUGUCAAGCCAACUCGUUUGCUUAUAUAGUUGGUCUCUAGGCUUCCAAGAAAACUAUCCCUGUCCUUCAAUUUCAGCAUGAACAUGCCACAUAGUGUUUAAGAGAUUAGCUUUUUCAGUAUCUUUAAAUUUAUAUUGUAUCCAAUGGAUUUACAUUAACUUUCCAAGGUAUCCAACUGAUUUUGGAAA